GUGAGCUCAGCUCCAUGGGUUUGCUAAGCCCAAAUGGCUGCGCGGUUCAACCAUCAGAUGCGAUGAGUAUGAGCAGAGAGAAGCCUGAGAGACGCCACGGCCAGGUUUUACGUGAUCCGCGAAAGCGAUACGCCAUCUGUGGACCUAAAAUCUGCACAUUGGAACUACGUAGCCAUGUGCACAAUUUUUGGUUUCGUUCCGUGCUAUGUCCACGAAGGAUCGAUAAUACAGAGCGUUCCCGAUUUGCCAUCAACACUUUCGGUUUAAAACUUGCUCUUUCGAGCCUAUAUGAUUUGAAACUGGAUAUUGGAGUGUAAACCAACAUGCUUUAAAAUGAAUCGAUGAUGUGAAAGGUGAGGACGGUGGUGGGGAUACUUCGGAAUUUAAAACAGUGCCUUUCAAAUAUUCGCGUUAUUCGUAAUAUAAAACUUGAAGAGUGUGUAUGCAAUUCUAUGCAUAUAUUUAUAUA